UUGAAUGCGUGGUGGUAGUAUGUAUUCUCAUCACUUUUGCUACUUGCAUAACGAAUACAUACGUAGUAUAAAGUUGUAUAAAGAUAACUGCUUGGCUGCCACCGGUUGAUUCACGUGUGAACGAUGCAAUAGUACUACGGCACAAUCAAUUGGAAGUAAAUCAACAAUAAUUCAUAUUUAUUGCACAAUGUUAAUGUUUUCCCAACCUAUUAGUGAUUAUUAACAAUUAAUGUUAACAUUAAUUCCAUAGAAUAUAUUAUUCCAUAGAAUAAACAUUAUAAUAAUUUCCUAGUAGAUGAAGCAUUUAAAUUAGUUAUAUUCGAAAAGUGCGGGAACAUUCCUACAUCAAAUGUACAUAACAUUGUGAGUUUACAUUGAAAAUAAUCACGCAAUGCCGCUAAUACCGAUGUUGUUUUUCAAUUGGUGGGAAGAUCCAGACCGACCUCAUCGCCUCUGGGAUCAGUAUUUUGGCACGACGGUAGAUGCAGAUGAUUUUUUCAAUGAUCUUGAUCCUCUAAACGCAGAAGUUUUGGUCUAUCAAAACGUCACAAUCGAAGCUAAACACGAUGAAAAAAAGAACGAGCACGGAUGGGUAUCUACGCAAUUUGUUAGAAAAUAUAUCAUACCAUCGCAAUGCGAUAGCAACUAAAUGGAAUUGUAUUUGUAGUCUUACGGUAUUUUAUCUAUUUUGGCACCUAGAAAACAGACUUCACAACCUAAAUGUGGAUGAACCAGCUUUGGACAAUCAAGAUGAUAAUACGAACGACACAUCAGAAUCACAACAACAACAUCAUCGUGGUAAAAAAGGCAAUGUUAAAACUGUAUAAAACAUCUUCAUCAUUUAUUUCUUAAUUAUCCAUUUCAUUUCUUUCUUUUUAUUAAAUGUUAUAAGACAACGAUUGUACAUUGUGUGUAAAUGUAAGUAUUAAAAAUAUAAAAUCUGUAUUAUUGUCAUCUUUAAGAAAUAAACUAUUCUUUUUGACUUAAACAACAUUAGUUUCUUUCUACUUCUUUCCCUCCCAUUUGUUAAAUAUUUAAUACUAGAUUUAGUGAAGAAUAUGCAAUGUUUAUUUACGUUAUUUAAUAAAUCAUACAGAAAAUUAGUCAAUAUUCAGAAAAACUACCUUUCUUCCGAUUUUGAUGAUUUUGAAAUAUGUUUUAAAGCUUAACAUUUUGAACAACUUUACAUA